UGUAAAUUAUUUUAAUGGUUUCAGCUGUUAGUCGCUGUGAAAAAAAGAUGACUACAGAUCUUUCUAAUAGUUUAAUUUGUCAAGAAAAUGACACAUUAAGAGCAUUAGUAGAAGAAUGGCAUACAUUUACUAAUGAAAUAAAUCAUGUAGAUGAUAAUCUGCUUAGGAUAACACACCGAACUCUAACAGAUCCACUAAAAAGAUUUCAGGUAAUAUUUUCAGAUGUUAGAUCUGCAAUUAAAAGAAGAGAACAAGCACUUCAAGUAAGUAAAAUUAUUAUUUAACACAAUAAUUUAAAAACAUUUUAUUAUAGAUUAAUAGGUGAUAAGUUUUUAAAUAACAAUAUAGACUCUCUUCUCACUUAAUUAAAAACAAUCAAACUUCAAACAGCCUUUUAGUAUGCAGCCCUUUUUUAUUACCCUUCAAAUGCUUUUGGUCAUUUAAUUGAUCUUCUUCAGGAAACAAAAUCAACGAUUCCAAUUUCAACAGAACAAAACUUGGAAUGUUUAAAAACGUUUUGGGAUUAUAACAAUAUAGGCAUACAUAUAUGAAGAUACAUAUUUGGAACAAAAAGUUUUAGUACUAAACAAGGAAAUGAUAUAAAUUUAGGAAUAAUUAAUUCUUUAGGAUUAUUUUCUGUUGAAAAUUCAAAUGCCUGCCUACUGCUGCCAAUGACCAUAUAUUCUCAUUUUUUUGUAAGCUGGAUGUUGGCCUCCCAUCAGUAAUGUGUUAAUUCACACAUUACUGAUUCUAUUUCUCAAUGUUGAGGCAGUCAAAUCAGUAAUUAUUUGAGGAAAUAAAAAGUCUGAUGCUUGUUGUGUCUGUCAAUAUAACCCAAAAGAACUGUGACAAUUAAUUUAAUAUUGUAUCAUAAAGGCUAAUAUAUUUAGUAGUUUUUGUUUUCAAGGUUUUUUAAUGCACAGAGAUGUGUCAAAAUUUUGUCAUUUUGUUGCAUGCAGCAGGCACUAGACAACAUGCAAGAACUUAAAUCCAUCUUAAUGCAUCUGUGUAGGCUUACAUUAUAAAUAAAUUGCAUUUAGUGUGUAGCACAGAAAAAUUUCUGAUCUUGAAGUUGCCUGCUUCAGCAAAAAUUCAAAAA